AUGGCGCAGCAUCUGUUGCACGGUACUUUGCACGCUACAAUCUAUGAAGUUGAUGCACUCCACGGUGGUGGAGUCAGGCAAGGCUUCCUCGGGAAGAUUCUGGCAAACGUAGAAGAGACGAUCGGUGUUGGCAAAGGAGAGACACAGCUGUAUGCGACGAUUGAUCUGCAAAAAGCUAGAGUUGGGAGAACAAGGAAGAUUAAAAAUGAACCAAAGAACCCAAAGUGGUAUGAAUCUUUUCAUAUCUACUGUGGUCAUUUGGCUUCUGAUAUCAUUUUCACUGUGAAAGAUGAUAACCCCAUUGGUGCUACCCUUAUCGGAAGAGCGUAUGUUCCUGUUGACGAAGUCAUUAAUGGCGAGGAAGUGGAUCGGUGGGUUGAGAUCUUGGAUAAUGACAAGAACCCCAUUGAAGGUGGAUCGAAGAUACAUGUCAAACUCCAAUACUUUCAUGUUGAGGAGGAUCGUAACUGGAACAAGGGUAUCAAAAGUGCUAAAUUCCCUGGAGUACCGUACACAUUCUUCUCGCAGAGACAAGGCUGCAAAGUUUCUCUGUACCAAGAUGCUCAUAUUCCAGACAACUUUGUUCCAAGAAUCCCUCUCGCUGGAGGGAAGAACUAUGAGCCUCAGAGAUGUUGGGAGGAUAUUUUCGAUGCCAUAAGCAAUGCAAAGCACUUGAUCUACAUCACCGGGUGGUCUGUUUACACCGAGAUUGCUUUAGUGAGGGACUCGAGGAGGCCUAAGCCAGGAGGAGAUGUGACAGUUGGUGAGCUACUCAAGAAGAAGGCUAGUGAAGGCGUCAGGGUUCUUUUACUUGUUUGGGAUGACAGAACCUCUGUUGAUGUGCUCAAGAAAGAUGGGCUCAUGGCUACUCAUGAUGAGGAAACCGAGAACUAUUUCAGGGGAAGUGAAGUCCAUUGUAUUUUGUGCCCUCGUAACCCUGAUGACGGUGGUAGCAUAGUCCAGAGCUUGCAGGUUUCUACUAUGUUCACUCACCACCAGAAAAUCGUUGUUGUGGACACCGAGAUGCCAAGCCGAGGAGGCUCAGAAAUGAGGAGAAUUAUGAGUUUUGUUGGUGGUAUUGAUCUCUGUGAUGGAAGAUACGACACUCCGUUUCACUCCUUGUUCAGGACAUUGGACACAGUCCACCAUGAUGACUUCCAUCAACCUAACUUCACCGGUGCUGCUAUCACCAAAGGUGGUCCAAGGGAGCCAUGGCACGACAUCCACUCUCGUCUCGAAGGUCCCAUUGCUUGGGAUGUCUUGUAUAAUUUCGAGCAGAGAUGGAGCAAGCAGGGUGGUAAAGACAUUCUGGUUAAGUUGAGAGAUCUCGGUGAUAUUAUUAUCACCCCUUCUCCUGUUAUGUUCCAAGAGGACCACGACGUUUGGAAUGUCCAAUUGUUUAGAUCCAUUGACGGUGGAGCUGCUGCUGGGUUUCCCGAGUCACCUGAAGCUGCUGCGGAAGCCGGUCUUGUAAGUGGAAAGGAUAAUAUCAUUGAUAGGAGUAUCCAAGAUGCUUACAUUCACGCUAUUAGGCGGGCCAAAGAUUUCAUCUACAUUGAAAACCAGUACUUCCUUGGGAGUUCUUUCGCUUGGGCCGCUGAUGGUAUUACUCCUGAGGACAUCAAUGCUCUGCACUUAAUCCCGAAAGAGUUAUCCCUAAAGAUCGUUAGCAAGAUCGAGAAAGGAGAGAAGUUCAGGGUUUAUGUUGUGGUUCCAAUGUGGCCAGAAGGUCUCCCAGAGAGUGGAUCAGUGCAAGCUAUAUUAGAUUGGCAGAGGAGGACUAUGGAGAUGAUGUACAAGGAUGUUAUUCAGGCACUCAGAGCCCAGGGACUUGAGGAAGAUCCUAGAAACUAUCUGACGUUCUUCUGCCUCGGAAACCGUGAGGUCAAGAAAGAUGGAGAGUAUGAGCCUGCAGAAAAACCAGACCCUGACACAGACUAUAUGAGGGCGCAAGAAGCACGCCGCUUCAUGAUUUACGUCCACACCAAAAUGAUGAUCGUUGACGAUGAAUAUAUUAUCAUCGGAUCUGCUAACAUCAACCAGAGGUCUAUGGAUGGUGCAAGAGACUCUGAGAUUGCAAUGGGAGGUUACCAACCACAUCACUUGUCCCACAGACAACCAGCUCGUGGUCAGAUCCAUGGGUUCCGUAUGUCACUCUGGUAUGAACACCUGGGAAUGCUCGACGAGACCUUCCUCGAUCCCUCAAGCUUGGAAUGCAUUGAGAAAGUUAACCGCAUCUCUGAUAAGUAUUGGGACUUUUACUCAAGUGAGUCACUCGAACAUGACCUUCCCGGUCACUUGCUCCGCUACCCGAUUGGUGUAGCCAGCGAAGGAGACAUCACUGAGCUUCCUGGAUUCGAAUUCUUCCCGGACACAAAGGCCCGUAUCCUCGGUACCAAAUCAGACUACUUGCCUCCAAUCCUUACAACCUAA